AUGCAAAAGCGAUAAGUUAAAAUAGAGAUGUUAAAGUAUAUAUGAAAUAAUAAUAGACAGUCCAUCUAGAUGUUUAACAUAAUCAAGAUCACCCAAAUAAAAUUUAAAACUAACUCAACCUUUAAUUUUAAAGCAAAUUACAUAAUUAAUCAAGAACUCAAAAGAAAGAAAUACAGAAAGACUUUGUAAGCCUUACGAAAAAUUAAAUUAUAUUUAACAUAUAUAGCCUUCUACAACUUCUAGGCCUAUGUAGAGUCAUGAUUUAUCAACCACUUUUCAUUAAUUACUUUAAGAGUUUAGAAAUUAUAAGAAAUAAAAUAAGGAGAAUUCAUUUAAUAAGAUUAAUAAACCAUUUAAAAAGGAGAGACAGAUUAGUUUUCCAAAUGCAAUUCAUCUUAAUAAUUCCAGCAACAAUAUUAAUAGUAUUAAAGAUAAAUUGUAUUUAAAUAAAAGAGAAUCCAAUGGUAAAUUAGCUUAAACAAUAUUAUCUAUUGCAUAAGCAUCAAAUUCAUAGAAUAAUUAUAGAUUAUAAUUCAAUGGAAUCAUAGAGGAUUGUUCUUAAAAAUAAUACAAUUAUUUAUAUGAAGUCAAAAAAAAUAUGAAAAAUGAUGAUUCUCAUUAUAAAAAGAAUUCUUAAAGAUGUGCAUCAGCUGAUAUCUAAUUGGUUGUAAGAAGUACAAAUUAAAAAACAAGAUCAUCUUCAAUAGACCGAAAUGAAUCUCGCUUUUUAGGUUCAACAUAAGCCAACUCAAUUCCUAAGGAAAUAGAUUUAACAUGUGAUGAAAAUGAAAUUAUUGUGCAUAAUAUUAAUUUUGAUGAAAGAAUUGGAACAGAACCUGAUCCUUUAAUAAAUCAAGAAAGAUAAUAUUUGGUUGACCCAUAUUAUUUAAUUAAAUAAAAUGAAAUAACUUGGUUAAUAAGAGCUAUAGUAAUUGAUUGGAUGAUGGAAACUGCUAUGGGUAUUAGAUUAAAGAGAUAAAUAUUUCAUUUGUCAAUAUAUUAUCUUGAUUCUUAUUUAUCUAAGAAAUAAGCAAAUAAAAAAAAUAUAUAAUUAGUUGGAUUAACAAGUUUGUUAAUUGCCAACAAAAUAGAAGAAGUCAAUCCAAUUUGUUUAAUGUAAUUUCAAAAGGCUGCUAAUAAUGGAUAUAAGUAGAGUGAUAUAUUAAAUAUGGAAUUAGAUAUACUAUUUGUAAUUGUCUAUUGCUAUAUAUCUAGACACUUAAAUGGUAAGUGAAUGUUCCUUCUUACACUUAUUGGAUUAAUUGGUUUA